AUAAAACAAGAAAUUCUGUUUACAUAUGUAACUCGACUUUUACACUGUGAGGAGAGUGUUAAAUUUAUAUUUUCAAUAGAAACAUAUUUAUUUGAACAUUUUACCAACGAUAAAUGGAGUCUACAAUUUUGGAUAUUUUCAAGAAAAAACUGAUUUAACAAGAAGCAUUGAUAAACUCAUCAAUACCACCAUCUUAACUUCAAGUUUAGGAUAAACAACGAAGUAUAACUGAGACGUAAAAACUCCGUUCCACAAUUUAUUGGUAAGAUGAUAAGUCAUCAAACGUUAGCAAAAAUUCCAUAGAAUCUAAAAGUGGAAUUAUUUGCCAAAGUUUAUGUGUUCCGAUUACUCAACACCAUAAAGAGUGGCCAUAAACUCGUUACGCCAUACGCCAGCCAUGCACUUGCAUUUGUUCGCACCACAAUGCACCAUGAUUAUGAAACAAAUUUGCUAAAAGUAUAAAAGUACACAGCUGUCAUGAACGCCAUUGGAACCACACUAUUUUGAUUCGGUGCAGUUAUGAUUUCAGAUGCGUUACAAAAAUGGAAAGUAGUAAUUGUUAUCUUCUUGGGUGCGGUACACUCGCAAAUGCCGAUGAUGCCGAUGCCGAUGCCGUUCGGGUACGGGCCGAUGAUGAUGCCCGGGCCGCCGCCACCGCCGCCCAUGUCUGUGGCCGUGCCGGUACCUGUGGGUAUACCGAUACCAUACCCCGAGACUACCACUACCACUACCACGACUACUACUGCUUCCAGCAGAGGUGAAGGUAACCAGCCGGAUGGAAUACCCAUCGCGAUACCAGUGCCGGUACCACAUUUUGUACAGAUAGCAAUUCCAGGAUUUAUGCCACCAAAUUGCGCGCCAAAAGACAGAAAACCUGAGAAUGGCAACAAGAAUUGUCCGCCUUGUCCACCGUGCUCGUGUAAUCCAUGUACACCGUCAUUCUUCGCGUACUGCUCGCCUUGCCACCUCCAGUGCAGAUGUAAGAACGGCCAGGAAAACCCAAGACCUCAACCGCCAAUAGCUCCUCUUCCUCUACCGGGCCCUGCGUUCCCGAUGCCCAUACCCAUGCCUGCUCCACCACCAGUAGUCAUCGUCCCAUUCCCGCCCCAGUUUGAAACUCCACGUCAAGAUUCUCCCGACUGCUCUCAAACCGUUAGUGCGUCUUCGUCGACUGAAGACUCGGAAUCUUGCGAAAGUGAUCAGAGUCGUCGUAGAAGGAGACGCAAAAAAGAUAGGGGUAAGAAUCGAAGGAAGUCCAAAUAUGAUAUUUAUAGAAGAAGUUUUGGUGGUAUCCCAAAUAAUGAAAGACUUGUCAAGCCCGUACUGACGUACAUGUCAAGAGACGGGGAGAUCAAGAUGAAACGGCGGCUGAGCAACGAUGAAGCGACUGCACUGCUCAGUGACGAUUCAUAUCAACAUGUGCAGUUGAUAGCUGGAGAUGACUCGGACAACAGGCCGCGAGUAGUGGUGCGGUCGCAGUCCCAGCCCUACAUGAGGAGUAACCACCGACGGCAGCAGCUGAUGCUGCAGGACGGCAGCAUGCAGCACUCGCUGGGAGACGGCAAGAAGGAGCUGGUGUUCAGACCACCGGAGAACAAGAAGAUAAGCAACCUGUCCGUCUCAUUCCAAAUAACCAAGUAGUUCGUAAUGUUUAUUGUUUUUAUAUCAUAAU